AUCUGUAUCCGUAUCUGUUGUACUCAUGUUAAAUGUUUCUUGUUAACUCUUACACCUUGGUGUUUACUGCUUGUUUCUCUACUCAUAUUUAGUAUUUAGUUAUCCAAUAUCCAUUUUAUAUACACUGGACAUAUGAAUGGCCGGUUUUAAUAUAUUAUCAGUGUGAUUUUCAACAAUAAAAAUCAAAUCUCAAUUUUUAAGAUGGGGAAAGUUCACCAACGCCGAAUAAUUGGUGAAACCAAAAAUAAAUUAGCAGCUAAAAUAUCAGAAGCAGCAAAUGUAUUGUUGCCUGAAAAUUCUGGUUAUAUCAUUGCUGAACCCGGAGAGAAAACAACAAAAAUUACACAAACACAACUAUCAAAUUCAGUCGAUGUAACUAGUGCUAAGAAACAUUUUGAUUUACAACUUGAUUUUGGUCCAUACGAUAUUGAUUACUCAUUAAAUGGUCGGCAAUUAUUAAUUGGUGGACGGAAAGGCCAUGUUGCUGCUAUGGACUGGGUUACAAAACAUCUGAUGUGUGAAAUAAAUGUUAUGGAAGAAGUAUAUGAUGUCAAGUGGCUUCACAAUGAAAAUCUUUUUUCGGUUGCACAAAAAAAGUGGGUCUAUAUAUACGACAAUCAAGGUGUAGAAGUACAUUGCUUGAAAACUUUAAACAAUGUUUUACACCAGGAAUUUCUCCCAUAUCAUUUUCUUUUAUCUACUGCUAGUGAAGAAGGAUUUUUAUCUUGGUUGGAUGUAUCAAUGGGAAAAUUAAUAACACAAUUUAAUGCCAAAAUGGGUCGAUUGAGCCUCAUGACUCAAAAUCCAAAUAAUGCAUUGAUUUGCUUAGGACAUACAAAAGGUGUUGUCUCAAUGUGGAGUCCUAAUCUUCGGGAACCUGUCGCUAAAAUACUUUGUCAUGGAAAUAUGAUUACAUCACUUGCUAUAAAUUCUAAUGGAAUGUAUAUGGCCACUUCUGGGAUGGAUAGAAGUAUUAAAAUUUGGGAUUUACGCAGAUUAAAAGGGCCAUUACAAGAUUACAAAGUUAGAACUAGCCCAAGGAGUAUGGUAUUCAGUCAAACUGGAUGUUUAGCAGUGGCUAUCAAUAAUGUGGUUGAUGUAUACGAAGAAUGUUGUACAAAAACUAUAAAACAUGCUUAUCUCAGACAUAAUAUUGCUAGAACGAUAAAUAAUUUAGCGUUUUGUCCAUUUGAAGAUGUUCUUGGAGCCGGACAUGAUGGUGGUUUUUCUAGCUUACUAGUACCAGGAUCUGGUGAACCUAAUUUUGAUGCAUUGGAAAGAAAUCCAUUCCAAACAAAGAAGCAACGUAAAGAAGCUGAAGUGAAAAUGCUUUUAGAAAAGAUCCCAGCUGAAAUGAUAACAUUAGAAUCUACUGUAGAUGAAGUUGAUAUAGAUACAUUCCAGACUAAACUAACAGCUAGGAAUUCACUACAAACCGUGAAACCACUGAAAAUAAAUAUUAAAGUAAAGAAUAAAAUUAAGAAAAAAACCCUAGCUAACCCUUCAAAAAUAAAAGAAAAAAUAUUAGAAGAAAAAACAAAGGAAUUCGUUAGAGCACUAAAUGCACGACCUAAAGAUGAAAUUGAUGAUGGAAAAUCAAGAGUGUCAAAACGUUUUGGUGUAUUGGAUAGGUUUCAAAACAAAAGAAAUAAGAAGAAAUAAUUAUUGUUUUAACUAUUCUUGUUUUUAAAUUUUGCAAUGAUUUGUUAUUAUUUUUUUUUUUUUUUAUUUUUACAAAACAAAAAUAAUGUAAAUUGUUCUUUUGCAUCUUUAAAGAGCGUUUUAGUAAUGAACUCAUCACAUAUGAAUAAUAAUUUAAAAUU